AAACCUCAGCCAUCAGAGUAUGCAAUAAGUGAAUUUUGUUGUUUUGAAGUAAUAGGAUUGAUGUUACACUUAUUGUAUGACGUUUAUAAAGCAUACCUCUUAUACUGUUCUGAAUAGAUAUGGCAAUAAUUCUGUGUUCUGUAAGCUUCCAUAACAGUUUGCAAAAUGAAGUUUUAAGGUCCCUUGGUACUUGUGCUAUAUGUAUUUUUCAACCAAGUAACAAAAGAGAUUUAGAGCUGCAUGAUAAGUAAGGGCCCCAGUAAGAGAUAAACACUUGUCUCGAGUUACAAGUAGUGAGGUUCAUUUCACAUUGAUAUCUUAGGAGCUGUAGCACUGUUGGUAGAUAGGAAUAGGGAAAAACAGUAGGGUACAAUAUCAACAUGAAUGUGGCUUAGUGUAAAAAGCUCAAUGAGCCUAGUGCUCAGUAGGUAUCUUUUGGUGGAGAUGAUGUUUUAUAUCAAGAACAAGAGGAAAGUUGAUUUCAAAGAGGUUUUAGAACAUCCAGUCAUGAACAGAGAGCUGGAUCAGUUGAAAACUGACUUGGAAGGCUGGAGAGAAGUUGUGCUUCCAAUGAAUAAGAUUUUACAUUGGGAAAAGCCACACUACCCAGCUGUAAUUGUUGGCCUUAUCUCCUUUGUAUUUUUGCUGAUAUGGUACUUUGAGCCUUCAGUGCUGACAACCAUCUCCCUGUUGGGUUUAACCAUCUGCCUCAUAGAUUUUUUGGUGCCUACUGUAGCCUCCAGUGUUUUUACUAGUGAACACUGGACUGUCCUUCAGGAGCAGCAGUAUGAGCAGAUUUGUCUGAGAAUUCUUAAUGCCAAACAUCAUUUGAUGGAUAUGAAAAACACACUUAACAAUUUAAAAAGCGAGAAGCCUGCUCUGUAUUUUGUCUUGGUAAUGGGAUUCCUGACCAUGAUGGCAUGGCUGGGCAAUCUGAUGGACAAUCUCUUACUGACUUAUCUCCUAGUGUGUUUCAUUGUGCUCCUGCCUGGCAUCCGUAGCCAGGGAGCACUACAACGCUACAUCAGCUGGCUACAGACCAAACUGAAAGAUGUUCUUGCAGGAAAGCCUAAAGCCAAGAAGAAUUAGUGCAACCAGCAGCUAAUCUUGCUUAAUAAAAUGUGUGCUAUUUGUGCCUUAGUUAAAGAUAGGCUCAACCUUCAAGAAAUCGAACCUUCAAGAAAAUGACAAAAAAACAGAAGUACACAUUUUAUUCGCUGUUUUUCCCCCGUCAUGUCCAUCGUAAACACUCUUUGUUGUCAAAUAGAGCAUCUGAUACAAAGUAUCAAACACGGCAUUCACUUGCUUGUUUACGAUGCGUUUAGUACAAUUUGUUUACACUGACAAGUCAAGGUCAGAAAUGCACAAUUUUAUCUGUCUAAUUAUGCAGUUUAAAUUUUGAUUAUUGAAUUUGCUUUAAUCUGCAUGGUCAUUUUCUCAACAUUUGUAUAAGUUGUGAAAUAUUUCUCAUUGGAAAAUAACCCAGCUUUCCAAUUACAAUUGAGUGACAUCAGGACUACUUUCGGUUUUUCGUCGAGAUAGUGAAGGCAUUAGUGUUAUGGCUUGCUACACAUUUAAAGCUUUCUAUCUCAAUUUCUAUGCAACCGUUUGCCAAUGGACUGAAAUUUACAACACUUAUGCUUUAUAUAAUAUCGCACAAUAUUUGAGAGCUUUUUCUUCAAUACCCAUUCAAAUUUGAAAAUGAGCCAUUUUCUGUCGAUUUCUUGAAGGGCGAGCCUAUAUCUUUUCAAGCACUGCAUAGAUGUUUUAUAUGUGAACCAAACCAUAUAGAUGCAAAUUCUCCACAUCUUAGUCUGAAUAUAGUGUUUAAAUGCUGUAUGUACAGCACAUGUACAAACAUUGCCCUUUCUGCACAGAGUGAAAUGCUGCAUUCAGAUAUAUAUUUAAAACUUUGACUGGUCUGCUACUUGUUCAAAUGUCAAUUAAGCAAUUGCCAUUAAACAUCUUUUCAGAUAUGUUCAUGUAGUAGAAUGGAUAUUGAUGUGGUAACAUUUGUAAGUGCUAAAUAUGAGUGUGUUGAUGUUGUUAUUCAAACUAAACCAUUUCAUGUAUAGGGAAGAUCCUGUAUCAUGUUUUUAUAUCGUUUUGGUCCUCACAGUGUGUGUGAAAUGUUUACUGUUGUAGAAAAAGCUCUGUUUGAAUUAACAGAGCAUCUCAUAAAUUUAGUCAGUACCAUCUUAUUGUUACCUGCUAGUAUUUAAUACAUAGAUACCAGUGAUAUUACAGUGGACACUUAAAAUGAGUCGUUUCCUUAAAUUUUAUCAUUUUGUCCUUUUAUUUUGUUAAGUUGCAGUGAUGUAACUUUAAAAAACUGAAUUGUAAUUAAUUUAUUUAUCCACUUCACUUGCAAGGCAACUGAACUUGGAUUGAAGUUUUUUAAACGAAGACUGACUGUGUAUGAAGGAGUCUUCUCCGAAGUGAGUGUUUGUUCAGGACGCCUCACUAGCUUGUAAGAUCUGGUUUGUCAACUACAUGCGACUUGCUUUCAUCAUAAACAAUAACAAGGUGAAUAUGUUUUACAGUGCAUUUUUGAAGGUUAAAUGGGUAUAUGUGCCACACAAUCUCAGCAGACAGAGUGAUACAUUUUAACUGGACCACAAAAUCUGCCUAUGCAGCAGAGGGUAAACAUUAAGGUACAUACCCAGAAUAAUUAGAUGCAUUACUUUUUACUGCCUGUCCAUGUGAAAGUUGGUCUCAUUUUUUUAAUUGGUUUCCUUCAAACCACAUCAGUUUGUUGAGUUUCACUUUUUUAUAUCAGUCUUGAUUUUUGUUGUAAAUAUUGUUGGCUCUAUUGUAAUAUUUUACGCACUUGAUGUGCACUAUUUGUCUUAUUCACAUAUCACUAUGUUGUAUAUGUAACACCUACAUUUAUGUUAAUUUUUCAUUGGGCAUGUUCUGUACUGUAAAUUUUUUUGGGAGUGAAAUGUAUGAGAAAGUAUAUCCAUUCUUCAACUUAUAUAUAGUGUGAAAAUAUCUCUAUGCUUUGUAGUAUAUUGAUGUGUGUAUAAAAGAUACUUGGUUAAUACUUAACUAGGGUUUGUAGUAACCACAAGGACAUUCUUCAGAGACAAAAAUGUUAGGGGAUGCAAUGUGUACUAUGAGACAGCAUUUUUUUAAAGUUGAUUCAUAGAAAUUAUAAUGGCUACAUGCUUUUGAUUUUUAAUUUAUUUAGUAAAACGGAUCAGUAAUCUUUGUUCUGGGUUCCAAAUAAUAAUUCGUUAAAUAAAAUCAUGCAUUUUUCCUGGCAAAACCCAUUUUUUUCAUGCAGUAUUAGGAAAGAAAUAGCUAAUAGGAGCUUAAUGAGUUGAUGUUUACAGUACACUUUCCAAAUUAAUUUCCAAAAGUUCAUGGAAGUUGUUAAGACAGAAUGAACAGGUGGUGCUUCAAUGUGCAAAUCUUGUUGCAUCAAAUGUUUGUGCUUUAUAUACAAAUAAAAUACACUAGUAACCUU